UGACACCAGCCAGGUCACCACGUGUACAUGUUGACUUUAAGACUGGUGGUCUGCAUCACCCUCCUUGAAACCGAGCAGGCUUAUAAAGAGGAUCAAGCAUCGGAGCUCCAACACACUCGAUUUUUUCUCUCUCUUGUCAGACGGAAAACAGAGACAAAGCCAAGAUGAGACUGUUCCUUGCAGUUGCCGUGCUGAUGCUGGCCUUCAUCGCAUACACAGAGGCUCAGGAGGAAACCGCCGAGCAGAAGCUUGCAAAGUUUGGCAAGCAAAUGACUGAGAUGGGCAAAAAUCUGGCUGAGAAGGCCAAGAAUACCUUUGAGAACAUCAACAACAGCGAGUUUGCAGUCACCUCAAGGAACUGGUUUACGGAGCAGCUUGAGAAGCUAAAGACCAGGGUUCAGGAAAUCUCCCAGUAGACAAGCAUAAUCUGCACUCCACCACCUCCACCUCUGACCUCUGACCUCCUGAUAGGAUGCUGAUACUUCACAUGACACAUCGCUCUGCUGACCAGACAAAAUGGAUCCAUCGCCUCUUUGUAGAGAUGUUUUUUAUGUAAUCUGUGCAUUAAAGACAUCAAAAAUGUUUUUUAUUUAAACGCUGUGUUAGCAUCAGUAUUUCUCAAUGUAAAGGAAAAUAACAACAUCUUAGUGUACUGAAUUGAAAUGGAAGAGUCUGUUAAAGAUGUUUGAUGUCAAUAAAUGAACAGUUCUGGACAAUGA